GGGUGACAUGGUUGGCCCUAUGCUUCAGGAAGAGCCCUUUGGUGACUGAAUGGGGGCUGGACUGGGGUGGGGAGGGCUUGGGAAAGCAGACCCUCCAGCAGCUGCUGGCAUGCUGUCCAUAGUCCAGGCAUGAGGUGAUGGGGGCCUGCAGCAAGGUCAGAGCAGAGGAAGGGGCGUAUUCCAGAGAUGCCGCCAAAGUCACACGAUUCUAGGGGUAUCUGGACAAACAUGGCAGCUCAUGGAAGGGAAUCUGGGAGGAGGCGCACUCCAGAUCCUCUGCUCCUGGCCCUGAGGCUGGGGCCUUUCUUUGCCUCCUGUGCUCUCUACUUCCUCCUCUGGCUGCCCUCAGACGAGCCCAGCUGGACCAGUGCCCUGGUCAAAUGCCUCCCCGUCCUCUGUCUGGCUCUCUUAGUCCACACCACUGCACCCUCGGGACCCUAUGGCCGAUUCAUCUGGGUAGGCCUCCUCUGCUCUGCCCUGGGUGACGUCUUCCUUAUCUGGCCCGACCAGUUCCUCUUUGGCACGACGGCCUUCGCGGCGGCUCAUCUCUUCUAUGUCCGCGCCCUGGGCUGGCUCCCGCUCCGGCCGGCCCUCCUGGGGUCUGUGCUGGCCACCUUCGGCCUCUACUUCGGGGUCCUGCAGCCGCACCUCCCGUCCAGCCUGCACCUCCCCACGCUCGUCUACGCGGCUGUCCUGGGUCUGAUGCUGUGGCGGGCGCUGGCCCGAGGGACACCCGCGGCGCUCGGCGGCCUGCUCUUCAGCGUCUCGGACACCGUCCUGGCCUGGGACACCUUCGUCCGGCCCCUGCCCGCGGGCCGUCUGAUCGUCAUGGUCACCUACUACUCCGCCCAAGCCCUGCUGGCCCUGUCCGCGGUGGACAGCUGACUGAGCUCGACGGCGCCCUCGAAGGCGAGAUUCCAGGGCGGACCCGCGGCUUGGAGCUGGGCACUGGGCUUUUCCGGGAGCCCUCCUGCCGGCUCAUCACCCUCCUGCAUUUGUCUCCCUCCCCCCCAUUCGCGGUCCCUCCUUCCCCCCUCCACGAGCCCCUCGACUGAAAUUCUUCCUCCCCCACUGCCCACACUUCCCUCCCCACCCCCGAUGGAGGGCUCCUCCUCUAAGACCCUGCCGUGAUGCCGGCCCUCGUUGUCUACGCCACCACCUUCCCCGCCUAGUAAAGUCGAGAGUGCAAACGUG